AUGCCCUUCCCAUGCAAAAGGGUUGCUACCCGUCGCGGCCAAGGCCAGGCUGCCGACAAGGAAGAACCCCAGCCCACAACUUCGGAUUCGGAGCAGGAGAUCACCUUUGUCGGCCCGUCUGCCCAGGCAUCGACGCCGACGCCUACCGCGCCGGUACCGGCCACGACGUCACCGACAACGGAUCAUAUGUUCAAAAUCAUGGAGCUAUUCGCCAGGUCGCAAGCGGAAGCGAAUCAAAAAUUGUUAGAAACGAUUAUGGCAAAUACGACCUCGGCAUCACCCGAAGCCAGCGGUGUCAUCAAAAUGAAGUCAGCGGGUAACUUCAGCAAAUGUUCAGCCCGUUUCGAGGGAACUACAGGAGACGCAGAGACACUCGAAGCAUUCAUCGAUGCGGUCUUGGUGUUCAAAGAGUGUGCCGGAGUGACCGACGAAAACGUAGUACGUGGUCUGCCGAUGCUUCUCACCGGAAACGCAGCAGUCUGGUGGCAAGGCAUCAAAAAGGACAUCCACGAUUGGGAGGAUGCCAUCGCAAGACUCCGCGGAAUGUACGGCAUCGUGAAACCGGCGUAUAAACUGUUCCGUGAGAUUUUCGGCUAUGAACAUACACUACCGGAGCGCAGUGAAGUGUUUGCCUGUAAAAUUAGGGCCCUGAUAAGCCAGCUACCGUAUGAUUUGUGUGACGCGGCCAGAAUAAAUAUAGUGUACGGCUUAUUGAACCGUAAGAUACGUAAACGUUUACCCCGCGAAACUGUGAAUACGUUCGAACAAUUAAUUGUAAAAUUACGCUGUGUCGAGGCUUAA